AAUCUCUGCUUCAAACUUUAUCUGCCCAUGGUUGGGCAUCAGGUGUAGAUGUUUCCUGUGCUCCAUUACACUUGGCACCAAAUUUCGACAGUGCUACCUGUGCGAAGGUGCAUGAAAGUCUUCGUUCACUGCAAUCAACAAUAUGACAAAGCUGCUUCUCUGGGGUGUGGGAUUGAUCCUGUGCUUCCAAUUGUACAAUGUAUUAGGCAAAGACUACAAACUGGUUUGUUACUUCACAAACUGGGCCCACAGGAGAGGAGACUGUAAAUUCUUACCGAAAGAUAUUGACCCCAAGUUGUGCACACAUCUCGUGUUUGCUUUUGCCACCAUCGGGGAGGAUCACCAAAUAGUUGCCCAGGAGAAGGACGAGGAAGAGCGUUUAGUUGCGUUCAAUAACCUUAAGAAAAGGAAUUCGAACCUGAAGACUCUCUUAGCCGUUGGCGGCUGGACAUUCGGAACUGAAAAGUUCACUGCCUUGGCUUCUAUGCCAGACAAUCGCCAAAUAUUCAUCAAUUCAUCCAUUAAAUUCCUGAGGAAAUACAAAUUUAAUGGAUUAGAUCUGGACUGGGAAUACCCGGGGUCGAGAGGAAGCCCACCGGAAGACAAGCAGCAUUUCACCCUGCUGGUUCAGGAAUUGCUGGAGGAAUUUAAGAGCGAAGCUCUCAGACGUAAUAAGCCAAGGUUGCUGCUCACGGCUGCAGUGGCCGCUGGGAUAAGGACGAUCGAAGCCGGCUACGAAAUAGACAAGAUUUCCAAGCACCUCGAUUUUAUCAACGUGAUGACGUACGAUUUCCACGGUCCCUGGGACAAACUGACAGGACACAACAGCCCCCUGCACGCGGGCUCCACUGAUCAAAACGAUGACGUGUACUUUAACGUGGAGUACGCCAUGAACCACUGGAUAAAACACGGGGCUCCCGCCGAGAAACUGUUGGUUGGCUUCGCCACAUACGGUCGCGCCUUCACGCUCUGCACGACUGAUAACAGACCCGGGGCAUCAGCAUGUGGGCCAGCAAAGCCAGGCCGAUGCACUGAGGUCCCUGGAUUCCUGGCCUAUUACGAGGUUUGUGACUUUUUGAAAGACGCCGAGAGAAAAUGGAUCGAGGAUCAAAAUGCUCCGUACGCUUACAAGGAGAACGAGUGGGUCGGGUAUGAUGAUGCCACAAGCUACAAGAAGAAAGUCGAGUGGUUGAAAAACAAUAACUUUGGAGGUGCAAUGGUGUGGUCGAUAGACACGGAUGAUUUCAAAGGAACUUUCUGUGAGCAGGGAGCAUCGCCCCUAAUAAACACCCUGAAGUCUCUGCUCUCUGAUUCUGCAAAAAAUACAACAGCCGGGUCCACCUCACCCCUGGCCACAACUCAAGCCCCACCGGGCUCGGAGUCGGUCGACCUCUGCCCCGACCUGAAAUUUUGCCGCGGCAAGAGGGACGGCGUCUACCCAGUGCCGUGCGCGGUGGCCAGCUUCUACCAGUGCGGCAACGCGAGCACCAACAUCCAGAGGUGUUACAGGGGCACCGUCUACAACGCCACCGAAAACAAAUGCCUCUGGCCUCCGAGGUUCUCUCCGACGAUCAACCUAGUUGAGAACAACUUCUGCAAAGGGCAAGCGGACGGCAAGUACCCGAUGCCAGUCCCCACCUACCUCCAAUGCUCCAGCGGCAGAAUGCGCGUCAUGGAGUGUCCCACCGACCUGCUCUACCAUUCGACCACCGGAAACUGCGAGAGUGCGAACGCCCCUGCAGAUUACGACUCCAGAUAUUGCAAGCACGCUCGCGACGGCACCUAUCCCAUCCGAGGCAGGCCCACCAAGUAUUACCAGUGUGAAAAUAAGAAGACCGCAAUACAGCAAUGCCCCCGGGGGAAAAUCUACAACAAUUUCCGCAAGUUCUAGGACUUGUCAAGUCGUGCAGCAAAGUACUCUACAUCACCGGAAACCUGGUCAGAGGUUGCGAUUAAAUUAAGAUCUAAACCAUCGCUUUCUGGAACUGCUGAUCAAUGUCAAGCAUUUCAAAGCAAUAUAUAAACUCUAAACUAAAUAUCAGCUCUUAUAUAUUCCAAUAGAGGCAAUCUGGACACACACACGCACGCACUAGAGCAUCAAGUUGACCUACAUUCAUAUUAAAAUGCUUUUGAUCAAAA